AUGAGUGACGAAGACGAGAUUCCUCAUUUCGACAGCCAGGAUGAAUUGGACCACCCGAUGAAGGUUCUUGCCGUCCUCAAGACCGAUGAAUCCCCCGAAGGCUCGCUUGAAGAACGGCUCGUGGCUGGCAUCCGGACCCACGGGGCGAUGAACGACUUCUUUGACGACUUUGAUGAGAAGAUCGCCAUCCCCAACGAGGGCCACAUCAAGUAUGAAGUUGGUAGCGACGGCUUGGUGGUGAUUCUUGCCGAUAACGAGGAACUUUUCGACAAAGUCGUCAAGUUUAUCGACGACGUCAGCGCCAAGUUGGAGGAGGAAGACGAGGAAGAAGCCGAAGAUGAUGAAAGAGACGAAAAACGCAGAAAAUAG